UUGAGGAGCGUGAGAUGGGCACGCUUAAAACCACACAACCCUCUUAAUAAUAAUCCCUUUCUCUUUCUUUCUUUCUUUCUUUCUUUCUUUCUUUGUGAUUCCAAUUCAAUCCGCCAUGGAUUUCCUUAACAACUACUGAACCCUUUCUUCUCCACCAAACCUCACUCCCAUGGCUCUUCUUCUUCCUCAUCUCUUCCCUUCACUCUCCCUUCACUCCAAAUCCAAAGACAAUUCUCUUCUCUUUAAACCCUCUUCUUCUUCUUCUUCUUCUUCUUCUUCUUCUUCUUCUUCUUCUUCUCCUUCUCUUUCGCUUACCAGUGUUCAUUCUCCUCAGCUUCAAGGCUCUCAACUCGCUUCUCCCCCUGGUUCUCCCGAUUCCCGUUCCGAUAAGCCUAGAGAUGACUUCUAUGUCAAUCUCGGCCUCGCUGUUAGAACUCUUCGUGAAGACCUUCCUCUAAUUUUCACCAGAGACCUCAAUUACGACAUUUACAGGGACGAUAUAACUUUUACUGAUCCUCUCAACACGUUUACUGGUAUUGAGAGGUACAAAUUGAUCUUCUGGGCUCUGAGAUUUCAUGGCAAAAUUCUUUUCCGUGAGAUUGGAAUUGAGGUUUACAGGAUUUGGCAACCUUCUGAAAACGUUAUAUUGAUUCGGUGGAACUUGAAGGGUGUUCCUAGGGUUCCAUGGGAAGCUAGGGGUGAAUUUCAAGGAACUUCUAGGUAUAAAGUGGAUCGAAAUGGGAAAAUUUAUGAACACAAAGUUGAUAAUUUAGCAUUUAAUUUCCCUCAGCAAUUGAAGCCAGCUGCAUCAGUCUUGGAUUUGGUUUCUGCUUGUCCUGCAAGCCCUAAUCCAACUUUCUUGUGGGGAACAGAGGAUUUGCAUUGUUCUUCAUGGGUUGAGCUUUAUCAAUCUGUGAGGAGAAGUGUAGGAGGAGAAGGGUAUUUGAUUACACAAGAUGGAUUUCUUACAUGUUCAUAGUAUAUUUUUACAAUUCUGCCUUCUUGAAUAUAGAUUUUCUACUACGUAGCCUUUUUUUUUUGUUUUGUAUUCUCACAAUUAUCAUAUUUUGAUAGCAAGUAAUAGAGUAUAAUAAAAGGAAAACGUUGUAGACACUCUUAUGAACAGACUCAAGGAUUUGGCAGCCACGGUGGGGGAGAAGGAGGAGGAAACACAAUGGAAAUAGAAGUGGCAGUAUCCAGAAUUGUCUUAUUGUUCUGUGUUUGUUCUGUCCACAAUCUUGUGAAGAAAAUGAUAACAUUGUAGUGAAUAACUGUCAGUUCUUUAUAUAUAGGUAAGUGAGGUGGGUGGUGACAGGUUCUUGUUUAUUUUGAUGUGUUAUAUAGCUAUGUAUACAGAUGAUAUUAUUGAAAUUGUAUAGUUCUUUUUAUUGCCA